AUGGGUGUGCAGAGGUUAGUAUUGAUUAAAGGGGAAGAUGUUAUCGGUCUCCAUGGUGGUGAGGUAACCGGUAUUAAGGUAUUCACUAAGGAGGUUGCCGACAUUGUGGUGGCCGAAGGAGGAUUUGGUCAGGUUGUGGUCACCGCGGGUGUCAAGGAGACGAUUGGGCGCCAUGGCAAUUUAGGCGAGUUUGGAUGCUUUUCGUGCAUCGAUGGCGACGAUGCAACCUGUAGGGGCCUUGGAGCUGAGGCAUCCGAGAGGUAUCUAGACGCAGAGCACCACAGCCGAGCUCCCAUGGACACCGCUAAUGGUGAGGUGCCAUGGGCGCCGCUAACUGGGGACCGAAUCAAUAAUGAAGCUAGAGCAAUCAAGCAGCGUCGCAUGUAUGGUGGAGGCGAACGCCAGGCAUGGAUCUUUGUGAAUGCCAGAGGAGAGCUCGCCAGGCACUUUUGGUGGUGUUGCUUCUGGUAA